UAUGUAUGUAUGUAUGUAUGUAUGUAUGUAUGUAUGUAUGUAUGUAUGUAUGUAUGUAAGGAUAGACAGAGGGACAUUCCAGAGUAAACACCACAUAUGCCCUCAGACACACCCAUGGGGGAGAGGGAAAAGUGACAGAGUGACCUCUGAGUCAUAGAUAUAAAUAAUUGUAGAACAGAUGCCAGUACAUAUUUAACUUAAGACGUUCUGGUUGUUUGUCAAUCUUCAUUACCUAGUUCAUGUUAAUCAGUCUGUUUACUUUACAUCAAGUUGACCUCUUUUACUUUCAUUAUCUUCCCCCUCCCUGAUAUAAAUCAACAGUGGCAUUCUAGAAAUUGACAGAACAAAGCUGUUCAUUAUCCAUACGGUAAUUAUGCAGUGCCUACCGAGAUGACAAUCUGAUCAUACUUAUAAGUUUGUACCCUGUCCAACACGAAAAUCUGGAUCGUUUUCUUACAAGCUUGACUAAAUGGAAGUCCGCCCUGCCUCAGACAAUGUGUCGUACUGGCAUGCUCACCUGUGGCAUACCGGUGGCGCACCUGGAAAGUGAAAGUAACUGGUAUCUGGUUUGGGUUUCAGCAUGUAUAUCAUGUCAAGUCAAACCCCUGCUUAUCUGUUAGACAUCCAAGAGGCAAAACAGUCAACAGGUAACAAGUCAACCCCACCACCUCCACCAUCACUAGUUUAUGAUAAAGCUUGGAGGGAUGUUGACUGGAAACAGAAAGAUACUAUGAUUAAGAACCUGAAGCAGUUUAGUUUGAAUGAUCCUAAAAUGGGCCAGCUCAGGAUCUUGCUACUUGGACCAAUUGGCGCAGGAAAGUCCAGCUUUGUUGACUCAUUAAAAAGUGCUUUUGCUGGACGUAUUAUGACAACUGCACUAGCAAAUACUACGACUGGCACAAGCUUCACCAAGAAAUAUGAAACACAUUACAUUAAAGAUGGAACAGAACGCUUGCCUUUGGUGUUCAAUGAUGUCAUGGGUUUGGAGCCUGAUGAAUCAAGGGGGGUGCACACAAAUGACCAUCAGUAUUCUUGGAGGCCAUGUCCCAGAAGGUUAUCAGUUCAACCCCUGUUCUCCCUUGCAAGAAGAAAACCCAUGCUACAAUCACAGUCCUAAGUCAGGAGACAAAGUCCACUGUUUAGUGGGUGUCAUGUCUGCAAAUGCCAUAUGUGGGAUGUCAGCUGGACUCAAAGGCAAGCUGAGGGCCAUAAGGGACAAGGCCAGCAGUCUGGGAAUUCCUCAGUUUCUUGUUGUGACAAUGGUAGACACUGCUUGUCCAGCAGUGAAGAAGAAUCUGAUAGAUAUCUACAAAAGCAAGGCAAUUAAAAAGAAGAUGGAGACCUACAGCAAUGAGCUGGGGAUCCCCAUGAGCUGCAUCCUGCCAGUGAAGAACUACCAUGAAGAGACAAAGACAGACAAUGAAGCAGAUGUACUGGUGUUGGAGGCUGUUACUCAGAUUGUGCACGCAGCCAAUGAUUACAUAUGGACACUCCAACAAAAAUAGUAAGGCACCAGGAAAACCAUAGAGAAUGGAUUGGUAACCCUUCCUUUUACAGUCCCUUAAGUACUCUGUAUUUACAUAGAAAGUAAAGGGUAUGUUUUGUGUUUUAUUGGGUAUUACUGAUUGGUACCAAGUUGGUAAAUACCUAGAUAAUUUGAAGUAUUUACCCAUGAACUAAUUACUAACGUGCUGGUCAUUACUGGGUAUGUUUUUUAUGUAUUACUGGGUAUGACUGAUUGGUACCAAGGUGGUAAAUACAGAGAUAAUUCGAAGUAUUUACUCAUUAACUAAUUACUAACGUGCUGGUUAUUACUGGGUAAUUUUCAUUGGUCCUAAUUAGGUAAAGACAGAAGACAAAACUUUGUAUUUACCUGGAAACUUAAAUAUUACUAUUUAAAUACCACUGGUAGUAAGUUGGUAACUACGUAAGAUAUAUAUGGUAAAUUGUAAUGUGUUAUUGGGUAAAUACCAUUGCUACUAAGUAGGUAAAGACGGCCAAGCUCCAGCAGAAUUACGAAGAAAAUACUCUACUAUUACCCUGUAGUUACCUAAGGUUUAUGUCGGUAACAGUCCACGUCUAAUGAGAAUAUAAGAUAGUACUUUCCAAUAAAAUACCUUUUCAGAUACAUUUAUCGAUGAUGGCCUGAUUUACUUGGCUGGUAUACCUACCUCCGCGGGAAGAGUUUUCCUCUACUAUCAUGGUAAAUCUUCUUGGAUACUGGGUAUGUUCUUGCCCAUGUUUGGACUAUUUACUCAGUAAGUAAUCUGAAACUGGACAGUAAAAGGAAGCCGUGUUUGUUUCCAUGGUGUUACCAGGCUCUUACCAUAUCGUUUGUAAGCGAAU